UUAUUCAAAAAAGAAAAAAAAACAGAAGAAAAAAAACAAUAAUAAUAAUAAACCCGCUUCGUUCCGCCGUACAGUCGGAGAAAAGCCCUAAUAUUCAGACUCAGUACCAGUAGCCAGCCAGGCAAGAAAAAGCUGUUUGGGAAAGAAGAAAGGAGGCAAAAUUUACUAAUUUUCAAAUCAAAGAAAAGCCGACGAUGGAUCGGCAACCACACGAUUACGGAGCAGCAUCAGCAAUGGCGUUCGCUCAACAGCAGCGACCACAACAACAACAACAACAACAACAGCAACAACAACAACAACAGCAGCAGCAACCAUAUGGGUAUCCGCCACCAGCACCAUCACAGCAACAAUUCCAUGGUCCUUCACCACCAUUCCUUCCUCCACAUCCUCCUCCUCACCCAUCUCUGCAACAGCAAUUCCCUUACCACCACCAUCUUCAGCAACAACCUCAGCAGGUUCACAAUCAUCCCCAUCCUCCCCACCCUCCCCCUCCUCACCUCCUCCAUCUCCAGCAGCAACCGCAACCACCCUCUUCCGCUUACCCUCCUCCCCACCACCUUCCUCAUCCUCCUCUCGUCCCUUCUCCUUUUGGGUUCUAUGACUCCGCUGCUCCUGCUCCUCCACCAUCUGCCCCACCUUCCGAUCCCGAGCUCCAAAAGCGCAUUGACAAACUGGUUGAGUACUCGGCCAAGAAUGGUCCCGAAUUCGAAGCCAUGAUAAGGGAGAAACAGCAGGAUAAUCCUGAUUACGGCUUCCUCUUUGGUGGUGAAGGCCAUGGUUAUUACAGAUACAAGCUUUGGUUUUCUACCAGACCUCCUCCUGGUGGUGGGUCAUUCAAUCCUCCGCCGCCGCCUUUUGCUCCUCCAUCAUUGCACAUGAUGCGUCCUCCUCCUAAUCCAAUGCUGAGUCCUUCACCUUUGAAUGCCCCCCCGAUGAUGGGUGGUCCCCAGAUGCAUCAGCCUUCUUAUUUUUAUGAGCAGCAGCAUCCUCAGUCCUUUGGGGUUUAUGGUGGUCGACCGGAUUAUGAGCAGUCUUCCAAGCCUUUCAAAGGGCUUUCCGGACCACUUCCUUCUGAUGUUGCAAUGGAGCUUAAUAAUGUGCUUCUCAGUCUCAAUGGUACUAAAGAGUCUAUUAAGGGUGCCAAGUUUUGGUUCAUGCAGAGGUCUAUAUUUGCUCCGGCUUUGGCUGAGGCUCUUAGAGACAGGGUCUUUGCUGUUGAUGAUUCGGAGAGGCAACUGCAUAUAAUAUACCUUGCCAAUGAUAUUCUUUUCGACAGCUCACACCGGAGGACUGGUGAUGAACUUGAUAAUGAAGCCCAUGCAUUCAAACCUGUCUUAGGUUCUAUGCUUGGAAGGAUUUAUCACAACCCUCAAAUCAAGGAAGAAAAUCAAUUAAAGUUGCAGCAAAUUUUGCAGUUAUGGGCUUCCAAUAGCAUUUAUGAUCAGGAUACUAUCAGUGCACUUAGGAAUGAGAUGAUUGGUGGAAUUUCAGCAAAUUCAUUUUCAGGGCCUUCAAAAGAAUUGUCCACUGCUUCAGCCGAACCAGCUACAGGAUUACCAAUGCAGACAACAAAUCAUAGCAUGUCGCAAUGGCAGCCUGAUAGGCAAGGUGCUAUUUCAAGUUUGGCAGAUCAAGACCGUUCAGAUAAACAUGCACUGCCUGGUCAAACCUUGCCACCUGUUGCAUCCCAGCAAUUUCUUCCUGGUGCAGUCCCUCCUGUCACUUUUCCAGGAGCAAUGGCCAUUACAUCUCCUGUUCAACUGCCAAAUCAACAAGCUGCAACCCAUUUAUUGCCUGGUCAAUCUGCUAACAAUAUUGAAAAAGUGCCCGCAUACCCUUUGUUCCCACCUGGUCUUAUCCCUGGAAUGGUAAGAAAGAUGCAGAUUGGCAGUGGGGUACCAUAUUCUCCCAUGAGCCCUUUGGACAUCCCAACUGUUAUUCCACCAUCCACUGUCUCCCAAUCAGAGAUUCUUGAGAGAGUGUCAAAGUUCUUUAAAGAGAUUGGAGAGGUUAACCCCUCUGAAGGACCCAUUAAAUCUGAUGCCAAAGGUGAAGAUGACGAUUAUGAAUACGAAAGAGAAUCUCCAGUACGCAAGGGGGGGGCUUGCAUCCCUCCACCUCCAAACCUGCAGUUGGACCCUGAGACGGGGACUUAUGCUGAUGGAAGUGUAGAUCGUAAACCAGGAUUUGGCAGCUCAGGAAGGUUGGGACUUGGGGCAACUGCUAAUCCAAAUGAGGUGAGCCAAUACGAUGAUGUUUAUUCUUCUUAUAGGAAACAGAGAAGCACCACAUACCAUUCAUCCAUGAGUGCAAGAGCUGCGGCGAGGUGAAAACCACUUUUGAUGGGUUUGGAUAUUGAACAGUGCCAUAGCAAACAUUUUCCUUUUUUUUUUUUUUUUCACCUUUUUGUAUGCUGAUUUCUUGUAUGCAUUGUGGCUGUUUUGGAACUUUGGACGUGUUCAGUUUUGUUUUAGAUUUGAUGAUAAGGCAUGCAGGUAACUGACCAUGGAGUAGUGUAAACAUGUUGCCAAAGCUGACAGAUAAUAAGAAAGUCAUCAACUAAAGUUUCUCA